AAUGCACAACAACUGCGAAAGCAGCCCAGGAAUUUUUUAAGGCAAAGAAGUGGAAUAUUCUGUAAUGGCCAAGUUAAUCACCUGAUUUCAACCCAAUCGAGCAUGCAUUUCACUUGUUGAAGACAAAACAUAAGGCAGAAAGACCCACAAGGAAACAACAAUUGCAGUAAAGGCCUGGCAAAGCAUCAUGAAGGAGGAAACCCAGUGUUUGGUGUUGUCCAUGUGUUCCAAACACAAGUGUUCAAGCAGUAUGCAAAGGAUUCUUGAAAAAGGUGGAUUGAGAAUCCCAAGAUGGAAAUGACAUUAACAGCCAGCGAGAUCCGCCAACGUUUCAUUGACUUCUUUGUGAAGAACGCCCAUACUUAUGUGCAUUCUUCUGCCACCAUCCCCUUGGAUGACCCUACUCUGCUGUUUGCCAAUGCUGGCAUGAAUCAGUUCAAGCCCAUCUUCCUCAACACUCUUGACCCCUCCCACCCUAUGGCAAAGCUGACGCGGGCUGCCAACACUCAGAAGUGCAUUCGUGCUGGUGGGAAGCAUAAUGACCUGGACGAUGUUGGUAAAGAUGUCUAUCAUCAUACAUUCUUUGAGAUGCUGGGCUCUUGGUCUUUUGGAGAUUACUUCAAGGAACUGGCCUGCAGAUUUGCCCUGGAUCUGCUUACUAAAGAAUUUGGCAUCCCUGUUGAGCGACUUUAUGUUACAUACUUUGGUGGGAAUGAAGCAGCUGGUCUGCAUCCUGACUUAGAUUGCAAACAAAUUUGGCUGGAUUUGGAUCUGCCAGAGAGCAGGAUUCUUCCAGGCAGCAUGAAAGAUAACUUUUGGGAAAUGGGUGAUACAGGGCCUUGUGGACCUUGCAGUGAAAUUCACUAUGACCGGAUUGGGGGCCGUGAUGCUUCACAUCUCGUCAAUCAAGAUGACCCCAAUGUGCUGGAGAUCUGGAACCUGGUGUUCAUACAAUUCAACAGAGAAGCUGAUGGGACCUUGAAGCCUCUUCCUAAGAAGAGCAUUGACACUGGCAUGGGUCUAGAGAGGUUGGUCUCUAUCCUGCAGAGCAAGAUGUCCAACUAUGAUACAGAUCUCUUCGUGCCUUACUUUGAGGCUAUCCAGAAGGGCACUGGUUGCAGGCCAUAUACUGGGAAAGUUGGUGAGGAUGAUGCAGAUGGUAUAGACAUGGCUUAUCGUGUACUGGCUGACCAUGCCCGAACCAUCACUGUAGCCCUUUCAGAUGGUGGAAGGCCUGAUAACACUGGAAGGGGGUAUGUUCUGAGACGCAUCCUUCGCCGUGCUGUGCGCUAUGCCCAUGAGAAACUCAGUGCUCCCAAAGGAUUUUUUGCAUCGCUUGUUGAUGUGGUAGUAGAAUCCCUGGGCGGUGCCUUCCCUGAACUGAAGAAAGACCCAGAGAUGGUAAAAGACAUUAUCAAUGAAGAAGAGGUUCAAUUCCUGAAGACACUUAAUAGAGGACGACGCAUUCUUGACAGGAAGAUUCAGAGCUUGGGGGACAGCAAAGUUAUCCCUGGAGACACGGCCUGGCUGCUGUACGACACCUAUGGCUUCCCUGUGGAUCUCACUGGCCUCAUUGCAGAGGAGAAGGGGCUCAAAGUUGAUAUGGAGGGCUUUGAGGAGGAAAGGAAGACUGCCCAGUUAAAAUCCCAGGGCAAGGGAGGUGGUGAUGAAGACUUGAUCAUGUUGGAUAUCUACGCUAUUGAAGAACUUCGCUCUAGGGGAUUGGAGCCAACAGACGACUCCCUUAAGUACAACUACUCAUCAGAUCCCCGUGGCACCUAUAAGUUUAGCAGUCCUGUGGCCACAGUGAAGGCCCUCCGUCGGGAGAAGGCAUUUGUGGAACAGGUGUCUACGGGCCAAGAGUGUGGAGUCAUUCUCGAUCAUACCUGCUUCUAUGCUGAGCAGGGAGGACAGAUCUAUGAUGAGGGCUACCUUGUGAAGGAAGAUGAAGGCAGUGAGGAUAAGACAGAAUUUACCGUGAAAAAUGUCCAGGUGCGUGGAGGUUAUGUGCUCCAUGUGGGCACGGUGUAUGGGAACCUGAAAGUGGGAGACACUGUACAACUGUACAUUGAUGAGGCAAGGCGAAGGCCCAUCAUGAGCAAUCACACAGCCACCCAUAUCCUCAACUUCGCCUUACGUGCUGUGCUGGGGGAAGCUGACCAGCGAGGAUCCUUGGUUGCACCAGACCGACUGCGAUUUGAUUUCACUGCCAAAGGAGCUAUGUCCACUGAGGAAAUCAGGAAGGCAGAAGAAACUGUUAAUCAGAUGAUUCAGGAAGCCAAGGUUGUCUAUGCCAAGGAUUGUCCUCUGGCUGCUGCUAAAGCUAUCCAGGGCCUCCGAGCAGUGUUUGAUGAAACCUAUCCUGACCCUGUCCGUGUCAUCUCGAUUGGCAUACCUGUCGAGGACAUGCUUGAUGAUCCAUCCAGCCCUGCAGGUGCCAUCACAUCUGUUGAGUUUUGUGGAGGAACGCAUCUGCAGAACUCCAGUCAUGCUGGCCACUUUGUAAUUGUAUCAGAGGAAGCAAUUGCGAAGGGCAUCCGGAGAAUAGUGGCAGUCACUGGAGUGGAAGCUCAGAAGGCACUGAGGAAAGCAGACAUAAUUCAGAAGCUGCUUACAGACCUAGAAGCCAAAGUGCAAAUUCAGACUGCACCCAACAAAGAUGUUCAACGUGAAAUUGCUGACCUUGGUGAGACUCUGGCCACUGCCAUAAUUCCCCAGUGGCAGAAAGAUGAAUUCCGUGAGGCCCUCAAAGCACUGAAGAAGAUUAUGGAUGAUCUAGAUCGUGCCUAUAAAGCAGAUAUCCAGAAACGAGUUUUGGACAAGACAAAACGGCUUAUUGAGGCUCACCCCAACCAGCCACUGGUCAUUCUGGAAAUGGAGAGUGGUGCUACAGCAAAGGCCCUGAAUGAAUCCUUGAAGCUCUUGAAGACUCAUUCUCCUGAGACUGCAGCCAUGCUCUUUGCAAUAGAUAACGAAGCUGAGAAGAUCAUCUGCUUAUGCCAGGUCCCUCAGGAAGCUGUCAAUAAAGGGCUAAAGGCAAGCGAAUGGGUGCAACAGGUGUCAGGUCUGAUGGAAGGCAGGGGGGGUGGGAAAAACCUUUCUGCCCAGGCAACAGGCAGAAACACCAGCUGCCUCGAAGAAGCCCUGCAAGUGGCUAUGGACUUUGCCAAGCUGAAACUGGGUGAGCUGAAGAAUUGAAGCUGACUUGAGAGACCAGAUGAAGAAGGGAAGCCUUUGUCUGCUGCUCAGCCACUGGGUCAGGAGUUUUUUGUCGGCAGCUUUUGCGGAAACAAAGACUGUGCAUUGUUUUCCUUCUGAAGUCAUCCACAAGGACACUGGCCAAGCCAGGUGACCAUAUAAGACUGAACAUAGCAUAUGUUAGUCCAAGAGUAGACAUUUGCUAAUUUGUGAUAAUAACUGAGCCGCCUCAGGGCACCUGCUGUCAACCAGCUGUCCUCCUUUUUUGCACACAUUUCUCAUACGCUUCCUGAUUCUCUAAAUGUAAAUACCAUUUAACAGUUUAAAGGGAAGGCUGUGCACAGAAACCCUCUGUCUAUGCUCAAGUACUGUAUGUUUACUGUCAUACAAGUGUGUACAGGAGAGAACAUCUCAUCCCUUGCCACUGUAAUUGUGGAAGCUCCUCCCUGCAUUCAUGGUAUUAACUUUUGUUGUGGUAAAGCUUUAGCCUGAUUAACUGGUAGUAACAUAAAUUCCAUGCGGAAUAAACAGACAAACAACAAUGAAGUUUA